AAUCUGGUUUGAAUUCUUCUCUAUCUAUUCUUCAUUUUCUAAUCAGUAUUAAGAAUCUCAUAGGUAGUGAUAGGUUGGAGACAAAAAGAUAAAACAGACACAUCCUGUAGUUUCAUGCAGCUUAAGGUUUAAUAGUUUUAAUUGAGCAAAUUACCUUUCUAUGGCCUACAUAUAAUAUGUAGGUGAUUCUUACUAUAUUGAAGGACCAUAACAUAUUAUGCAUAGUGAAUCUUCAAACAUUAAUGUGUCCUUUAUUGUGAGUACACAAACGUAAGCAAUUAUUAAGGGAACAAUAUAGUAUACAUUAAAACUUGCAUAAUAUGCCAGAAUUCUCCUAGACAUGAGAAUGCUAAGGUUGAUGAAGGAAAAUAUGUGAGCAUGAGAUGUUCUUUUUGAGGAAAGGGUAUUUCAUGUGGAGCAGUUAUGUAUGUGUGGAGCAGGUAUGUAUGUGUAUUCGUUUUCUGGUGACAGUGUGUGUGUGUUCUUGUCAAGUCCUCUAUACUCUAAUCACAAUUUUUAUAAAAUUUUAAAGAGCUUUCUCAUAGUAAAUAAUGUUUGUUGGAGGUAUGGCUCAAAUGACAGAGAGUACCAAGGCCUGAAUUAAAGCUUCAGUACCAGCAUGAAAAAAUAAAGAAUGGAAGAAUGGAUGGAUGGAUGGAUGGACAGACAGCCUACUUUAUAGCUAUCAGUCAUUUAAAGUUCUUAAGCUUCUAUGAGCUGUCAUGGAUGCAGUAUUAGAAGAUGAUAUAUGCAUUCUUAAUCAUGAAAAGGCUCAUAGGAGAGAGACAGUGACUCCAGUCUCAAUAUAUUCAGGAGAUGAAUCUGUUGCAUCACAUUUUGCCCUGGUCACUGCAUAUGAAGACAUCAAAAAGCGACUUAAGGAUUCAGAGAAAGAAAACUCUUUCUUAAAGAAAAGAAUAAGGUUUUUAGAAGAAAAGCUUGUAGGAGCUAGACUAGAUGAGGAAACAAGUUCUGUUGGACGAGAACAAGUAAACAAAGCCUAUCAUGCAUAUCGAGAAGUUUGUAUUGAUAGAGAUAACUUGAAGAGCAAACUGGAUAAAAUGAAUAAAGACAACUCUGAAUCUUUGAAAAUAUUGAAUGAACAACUACAAUCUAAAGAAGUAGAACUCCUCCAGCUAAGAACAGAGGUGGAAACUCAGCAGGUGAUGAGGAAUUUAAAUCCACCUUCAUCAAACUGGGAGGUAGAAAAGUUAAGCUGUGACCUGAAGAUACAUGGUUUGGAACAAGAGCUGGAACUGAUGAGGAGAGAAUGUAACAGUCUCAAGCUAGAGCUACAGAAAACCAAACAAAUGGAUUCAUCUCAGGAAGACAAUCAGAAUAGAGAUUUCCAAAGACUAAGCAUUUCAAGUGAUAAUAUGCAACAUACGUACUGGGAAUUGAAGAAAGAAAUGUCUAAUUUACAUCUGGUGACUCAAGUACAAGCUGAGAUACUAAGAAAACUGAGAACCCCAACUGGAAUCAAAAAAGCUUGUGCUCCAGUAGGAUGUGCUGAAGACCUUGGGAAAGACAGCACUAAAUUAUUCAUGACGAAUUUCACUGCAACAUACAAAAGGCAUCCCCCUCUCUCACCAAAUGGCAAAUCUAUUGUAUCAUCCCCUUCACCAGGAGAUAUAAAAGUCUUAUCAGAGAAAGCAUUUCUCCAAUCAUGGACAGAUAAUGAGAGAUCCAUUCCUAAUGAUGGCACAGAAUUUCAGGAGCACAACUCUUACGGCAGAAAUUCUCUAGAAGAUAAUUCUUGGGUUUUUCCAAGCCCACCUAAAUCAAGUGAGACAACAUUUGGGGACACAAAAAAUAAAACUUUGCUUCUACCCAACCUUCCACCAUUGCAUUACCUGGAUAAACAUAACCAAAACUGCCUUUAUAAGAAUUAAUGCUGAAGAGAUUCAUAAUUUGAUCACAAAACCUCUUCCAGUGGUUCUUUUAAAGAGAUUAUUUAACAAAAUGGAUUUUGACUUAAAUUUUGCAGAGUUCUUCAAUAUGUAUAUUUGGACAUACUGUAUAAUAUGUAGCUGAUUUUCCUUUAUGAUAGAGCACCCUCUAGCUCCGUGUUCAAAAAAUCAAAGUAUGAUAUUGCAUAAACUAAUAAACCUGAGGUGUUUCAAAGACACUUCUGCCUUUAAUAACAAUUCUGAAAUUUUGCUUCUCAGAUAAAAAUGGGAAAUACAAAUUUCUAGACAGUUUUAUGAAGUAUGUGAAAUACUAAAUACUAAAAUAAAAUGAAGCCUUUUAGAAGAAAAACUGCAUGCUGGAUGAAAACACAUAAAGAAGCAGAUGGUACUGUGAAUAGGUUCUAUUUCUGUUGUUGAUAAUACAUAAAGAAGUAUAGUGGAUAAAAUAGGAAAUUCUAUCCGCUACUGUUUCAAAUCAUUUUUAUUCACAAAGCAGAUAAAAGUUUUAGAAUUACAAUUUGUACUCAUAAAAUUUGAAAUAACCAUUGAAGCCAACUUUGUCCCAGUUCAUUCAAGUCCUAAAUUAAAAAGAUGAAAUAAUCUGACAUGUGGAAAACUAAUACAUAACCCAACACUCAAUUAGUAGUAUAUUAGUAUAGUCUGUCCUUUCAGUGGUCCAUAAUGAAUAAAUGCAACUGAAUAAUUUUCCAUAAAGAGAAUAUAGCUGCUUGUUAUGUAGAACAGAUAAUAGGUUGCUUUGUUUGAAUGUAGUAUUUGAGAAAGCUAUUUUUAAUAAUUAAACUUUCCUUGUAAAACUA